GACGAGCACAGAAGGUAUUUGCCCCAAAUGUGCUUAGAACCAGCCAGGGCGCUUGCUUUUGAACUCAUGUCUUCAGGUGCUUUAUGGCAUCUCGGUUAUUGGGUGUAAACGUCCGCCUUAUGAGAGAUGCCCUGGUCGCCCGCCUGACUGAGCCCACACUUGCUGGGAUUCCCGAGAUCGGAGGCCUCCGGGACGGCAGAUGGCGAAAGGCCUGCAUGUUGGCUCCUUCACCCCCAGCUAGAUCAAGUGGCGCGGCUCAGGCAGCUGGAAGGCACCCACAGAGAGAAAUCGAGCAGCAUGUUCAGAAAGCUCCAUUCCAUUUUUAACUCCAGCCCGCAGAGGAAGGCGGAGGUGGCGGAGAGCUCCUACUAUGACCGAGCAGCCCCUACGGUGCGGUUGAUCCGCAGCAGCUCCAUGUACGUGGUCGGGGACCACGGGGAGAAAUUCAGCGAGUCCUUAAAGAAAUACAAAAGCGCCAGCAGCAUGGACACCAGCCUGUACUACCUGCAGCAUGAGGGCGACCGGGCGUGGAUGUACUCACGCACCCAGGACUGCCUGCAGUACCUGCAGGAGCUGCUGGCCCUGCGGAGGAAAUAUCUGAGCAGCCUCAAUGACCUGAAGCCCAAGCGCGUCCAGGGCUUCUCCUCCACCUCAUCCAAAUCUUCCAAGGGAGGGAAAAAGGCCCUUGGCCAAUCCACCUCCAAAGAAAUAAAGCAGAAAACAAGCCCAAGGAAAUACUCACAAUUCAGCGCAGAUGUGGAAGAGGCCAUAGCUUUUUUUGAUUCCAUCAUCGCAGAGCUGGAUACAGAGAAACGGCCGAGGGCUGCUGAGGCAGACCCACAGAAUGAAGAUGUGGACUUCGAUGUGGCCACCAGCUCCCGCGAGCACAGCCUGCACUCCAACUGGAUCCUGCGGGCUCCUCGCCGGCACUCUGACGACAUGGCUGUGCAUACGGUGCACACAGCAGAUGGCCAGUUUCGAAGGAGCACAGAGCGCAGGACCAUCGGCAUUCAGAGGCGACUCGAGAGGCAUCCCAUUUACUUGCCCAAGGCUGUGGAAGGGGCAUUCAGCACCUUGAAAUUCAAGCCUAAAGCCUGCAAAAAAGACCUGGGGAGCUCCAGACGGAUCCUCUUCAACUUCUCGGGAGAAGACGUGGAAUGGGAUGGGGAGCUCUUUGAGCUGGAGCAGCUGACAUCUCUGGGGGAGGACUGCUACGAGACAGAGAACCCCAAAGGGCAGUGGCUGCUUCGAGAGCGGCUCUGGGAGAGGCCAGUGUCCUGACUCCCUCGGCUCUUCAGCCCGGCUCGGGCUGGAUCUCUGAGAAGCUGUCUGCUUUCAGUGCAGCAUGGAAGUUUAGAAGAGUUUAAAAUGGAAACUGUAACAAAGUCAAACCUAUGGUCACACUGCUGGUACCCAGUUAGUGCCAAACAACCUGCGGCCUCCCCAACAUCCUGCCUUUGGAGACUUUGGGAGCUGGGCUUUCCCUACACAGGCAGGUUAGCAGGUAGUAACUGCCUGGCUGGUCUUCAAUGGCAGAAAGAAAGGAAAGCCUUGAGUGGGAGUGUCCAGGCUCACUCCCUUGCCUCCCCUGGCUGUUCCUAGUUCUCCUUGCAUCUAUCCAAGUGGCUGCUAGCAUUGUGCUCAUCACAGGGAACAAAGCCACCCAGGGAUCUGGGCCAAGUUUUUCGAAGAGGCAGCUCCUCUCUACGGGGCUCAGAAACACUUUGGGUACAUACUGAGAUUGCCUUUUUUUGUGUGCAGAACGCAGUUCAAGAAGCAGCUCCUUUUACCCUAACCUUUUCCACCAUGUUCUGGGAACUUCUGCUGGAUUAGGCUACAGAAGAGGCCAGUGCCCUGGCAGUGGAAUGGAAGAAGGAACGUGUCGGAGCCAUGUCGUGAGACCACACUAUCUCCCCCAGCUCCAAACCUCAUCUCCACUUCUCAUAGGCGGUUUGCUGGGGAAGGAGGGAGAUGAAGCGGUGCUUUCCCCCCUAAUUCUCCCCAUAAAAUCCUUAUAGAUACCCAGGUAACCAGUUUAUGACAGGCUGUGCUUCUCCCUUGUACCAAUUAAGGGGGAAAUCAGAAUCAUUAAGUUCUUUUGGACUAGGAAGGAUUUCUGUAUUUCAGCAAUUGUAUUUGAAUCAGAAUUACAUUUUCAAUAUAGUGUUCGCAUUUGUCAUAUAUAUAUUGUUUUGCAUUUUUGCUUAUACUUACGCCGGCUCAAGUUUAAGAAGUGCCGGUUUGCAGAAUACACUGCACUCUGACCUAUUUCUUCUGACAUUUUCUUAAAAAAAAAAAAGAAAAAGAAAUCACCUGGGGGUGGGAGAAGGCUGCCUGCCCAUGAAUACAAGAGGGCUAACAGGAGUAAGGGAGGGAGACAGACUAGGAAAAACCAGUAAUUUAAAUUAAGCCAAGAAUGUUCUAGGCUAAGGUCUCUCCAAGAACUAAAUAAAGCUUCCUUUCUGCCAGGCCCAUGUAAUGACAUUCUUAUUGUUCAGUUUUUUAAGAAAGAACCUUUUAGUUAUGUGAACCUGACUGCCUGAAUCUAAGGAUUUAUAAUUCCUCUCAGAAAAAAAAAAAAAAAAUUCCUAAUACUUACGUGGCAUUCUUAGAAAUUUUAUGGAAACACAUUUUCAGAAUGAAAAUAUACUGGAAAUGUUUUAAUGCUUGUCUUUAUUAUUUGUUGAGUGCCAAUGUCAAUGUUUGGGAGGUUUCUUUCAUUUUGUUGCUUAUACUAAGCUCGCUAUACAGCCAGAAGCUUAAUUGAAAAAUAAAUGUUUGGGAGAUUUGUUUUAUAAACUGCAUUAAAGCACACCAAGUUAACAUCACCAUGUAUCUUUCUUUUCCCCAAAUGUGGCUUUGUUUUGAAGUCCCACAAAUGAAAGUCACUGAUGAGGGUAAACUCAAAAUGAAGGUCUCUUGACUGUGUUUCUUAUCAAACUACAGUUUAUCAUAAACGGACCCUGACACAAUGUGGUGAAGACACUGUGUACAUUUUGCUUUAACAGAUAAGAAAAAAAUAAACAUGAUAGAGAGGA